AUGCUGUGCAGGCCGCGGGUGGGAGCACUUCUCGCGGGCGGGGCCCUGCGCCCUGAGGCGCUACUUUCGCAGCGCCGACGACUCAACGUGAACCGCAGCGUUCAGACGCGGUGGGAAGCGGAAAAUCAGGCGGCCUCGCAGAGGCGUACCGACUACGACUUUGACAAGGAGCAGUGGUCCAAGCAGAUGCGGUUUGCGUCAAUGGACUGCAUCAUGGACCCCGACAUCACGCCCAUCCGUUACACGACAAUUUCUGGCCUCAAGAAGGCGUUCCGACGCUUCAUGACGAUGCGAAAGCUUGUCGAACGCCGCCCAGACUUCAAUCCAGAGUUGCUUCAGAAGCUGUUCGUGCUGCUGAAGAAGACCUCGCACUCGUUUAAUCCGGAGGAUCUGAAGGUGCUGCAGCGCCUCACGACACACGGAGAGGCGAGUCGUAUUUGCAACGAAAUCAAGUUAGUAAUGAGUGAGAAUUUUUCCAGGAAGAGCUGGAAGGCCCUCAAGAUGCAGGCGGUAAAUAACACGUACCAGAUAGAGCUGGACUCCUUCCAGUUGGUGAACUGCUACAUGGGGCAGAUGGCACAGGAGGACUGGCUGCAGAUCACCUACAAGUGUGAGUACCGUGAGCGGCCAGAUGAGGCAGAAGAGUGGCAGACCAUGUGCGAAUACCCCGUCUUUGAGGUUCGUCUUGGCGACGGUGUGCAAUCACUCAACACACACGCGUUCAUCGUGGUUGGGGUCAUGCGGAAGGAUGGCACACGCUACGGAAAAGACUCACAGGAUGCAGCUGCCCUGCGCAAGCAGUUUGACCGCACCGGUAAGUGGUUCUAA